AGUGGCUUUCUCGCCAGCACUAGCAAACUCGGUUGCGGUAUGAAGUUUCUAAAAUGACACUUGGGGAUAUUUUUUUGUCAGUACGAUGUAGCUGCUUUUGUCUAGAAAGUUUGGUUGUGCAGAUCUUUUGAGACAUUUCACCUAACGGUGUUCUGGGCUGAUCCGCUGUUGUUUCAGCUACAGACAAUCACUUUCCAGCUCUGAUGUUUUCUGAGAUAUUGGUCUAGUUGCAGUGAUGAGGCGAGGAGAUCCUCUCCCUCGAGCCUUUCAGGCUCCAGUGGAUGUACAUGCCAGUGCGGAUGGCCAAGUGUAUAUGUUCGGACACAGACAAGAAGAACCAGAAGUGUCAUCUGAGGAUGAGGAACUCAAUGUCAUGGAGCUCCGGCCGCGGAGCAGAGAGUCGUCCUCACAGGAGAGAGAAAAAGUGGGAGAAAUGCUCUUGUUGAAACGGGACAUCUCACAUGAGGACAAUCUCAACAAACUGGCCCUUCAAUAUGGAUGCAAGGUGGCUGACAUAAAAAGGGUGAACAACCUUUUUCAAGAGCAGGACAUGUAUGCACUGAAGUCAAUCAAAAUCCCUGUUAAGAAGCAUGGCUUGCUAACCGAGGCCAACUCUGAGCUCAGGAACCCCCAGCAAAGACCCUACAAUGAUGAAGCAUCAUCAAACAGUGCUGAAGCAAACGUCUCGGGAAGACCUCAGGUGCAGGAGUACACCAAUUACCUAAAAGAGGUGGACAGUGACAUUGAGCGUCUGAUCCAAAGCACAGACCCCUCAGAAGAGGUAUUUUCCAGUGGUUCCAGGGUAUCCAAACGAUGGGGGUGGAGAAGCCAGCGUUUGCGCAGCUAUGGUGCAGACUGGGGAAUCCAGUGGUGGAACGCUGUAAUUGCAAUGUUACUCAUUGGCAUUGUCCUGCCAGUAUUCUAUGUGGUAUAUUUUAAAACUCAAGAUAAUGGAGGAUCAGUAGUGGACAAUAUAGUGGGCAACAUCACGGGCAACUUCAAUACCUCAAAGAGUACGGGGUGAAGGUCAGCAUGGGAAUAUUAGGUAACCUGAGACGUUCCCUAUCGAAUGGGAACUCGCACUGCGUCCCCUAGAGGACACUUUGGGGAACGAAAACCCACGCCACCAUGCUGAAGGAAUGAGUGCCUUAUCGGCGGGCAUAAGCCAGGAACUCUAAGAAGUCCUUAUCCCCAGAAACACACCAGCAACUGCCAACACACUGUAAGGGUCAGAGUUGACGCGGGCCAGUCACAGUCACCCAUCAACGUACAGUUUUCGUUUCACAAAAAGAAGCCUUAUUGCACAACAGUGCUAGGAAUUGGGAACGCGAGAGGCGAUACUACCCCUAUUCCCAUACGUUAGUAUCUUGAGGGUCACAGCAGGAGUGGGACUCAAGUCGCGGAAUAGCCCACCAUCUCCGCAUACCUCUCAUCUGUGAGUGCAAAACAGAGGGAACCCCCCCGCGCUAACAUGGGAACGCGAGAAGCGGUGCUGCCCAUCCACUCGAAACUGUCUUGAUAUUGUGAGGAUCACAGCCAAAGAGGUGGGACGCGAGCCGCAGAAUAGCCCACCAUCUCCGCGCACUUCUCACAUCUAUGCACACAAACGGAGGGAAACCCCUUGUGCUAACCACUGCAGGUCAUACGGAGUGGGAACGCGAGAAGCGAUACAGCCCAUCUACUCCAACCGUUAUAAUAUUGUGAGGAUCAUAGCCGAGGAACUGGGAUGCAAGCCACGGAAUAGCCCACCAUCUCUACGUACUUCUCACAUCUGUGCACAAAAACGAAGGGAAAACCCUCCCUGCGCUAUCACACAGUAAAUUAUAAGAAGUGGGAACGCAAGAAGCGAUACUGCCCAUCUACUUCAAACCAUAUAAUACUGUGAGGAUUACAGCCAUGGAAGUGGGACGCGAGCCGUGGAAUAGCCCACCCUUCUUGCAUACUGUAUAUCUCACAGUGUUAAGCGCAAUACAGAAGGGAAGUGCCCUGCCUUAUUGCGCAACAGAUUAAGAAGUGGGAAUGCAAGCUGCAAUACUGUCCAUCUUCUCAACACAUCUCACAGUCUUUUGCAGUACGGAGGCAACCUGCCUCAUUCCGUUUACUUGAAAAUAAGGAGUGGGAAGCAAGAAAAGAUUCUUCCCAACUUUCUAAACCCAUAACACAAUUUGUAUAACAGAGAAAAUAGCUGAAGGAGUGGGACGCGAUUCGCGGAAUAGCCCACGUUCCUCAACACAUCUCACAACCUAACACCGAUACAACGGGAAAGCCGCCGUUGUACUGGGAAAACUACGAAUUGAAAUUAGGGACUGAUCCCUACUACAUGACAAAAUUGUAGUAGAAGAAAGAAUAUGUUUCAAGUUGCAAAUGACAACAUAAAGUUGCAAAAAUUAAAUCAAAAUUCAACUGCGGCAGUAAGGGCCUUUAUUUAAAGGAGUCAUAUGAUGUUGCUAAAAAGAACAUUAUUUUGUGUAUUUUGG